ACACUUCAAAGAGAACGAUGACAGUAAAGUAUUUCCAAGUAUUAGUAGUUAGUGCUGUGGUUGUAAUCUUUUUUUUGCCUAUACAUAAUUGUGUACCUGUACCGCAGCACUAUUCAGCAAUAUACGACGAGUACGCAGCGCCGUCGGCUCCAAUAGUAACAUCAGCCGAAUAUUAUGCAGACCCGAAUCAAUACUAUGCAUUAGUGCCGGCUGAAUACUAUACACCGCUUGAUCAAUACUAUUUACAACCAGUUCAAUCCUAUGCUUCACUUUUACCGUUAUCUUCAUAUUAUUAUCCCCAACCACCAUCUUACGCGGCAGCACAGCCAACAAUCCCGCCAGGCCAAUACUUUCCAGAACUAUCAGCACUACCGCCAUUCCAACACUAUCCAUCACUGCCUCAAUACUACUACUAUGCAACACCGCCGCCUGAAAGGAUUAAAGUUGUUAACAUAUUUGCGUAG